GAGACAAAACCAGCCCUCCCAGCUGGUUUCAGCCAGUUCAGUUCAGACACAGGAUGAAGAACAAGACACGGACAGAAGAUGCAGCAGAUCCUCAUCCUCUCAGCUCUCAUGGCUCCAUUCCUGCUCCUGUUGUUCCCUCUGUGUGCAGCAGCUUCUGACCAACAUGUGACAGUGCACCCUGGAGAUGAUGUCACUCUGAGAUGUGAGGCUGGUAAUGUCCCCAUCUUAGUUGUAGAGUGGACCAGACCUGACCUGGAGCCACCACAGUACGUCCUCUUAUACAGUGAUGGACACUACGACACAGAUCAACAGCAUCCAUCCUUUAAAGGCAGGGUGGAGCUGGUGGACAGAGAGCUGAAGGGCGGAGACGUGUCUUUAACUCUGAAGAAUGUGACCAGCAGCGAUGCUGGAACAUACGAGUGUCGAGUUUUAGCAGGUGCAUCAACACGUACAGAGAGAGCCCUCAUUAAGACUGAUCCAAUCACAGUCAUCCACCUGGAGGUUAGAGAUUUAAAGGAUGGACACUCCACUCCUCUACACGUUGGACUGGCAGCAGUUUUUGGAUAUGUUACAGUGCUUCUUUUACUGUAGUGUUUGUUGUCUGGAGAUAUAAGAGACGUACAGACCAAAGAUCAGAACAGUCUGCUGCUGCUGAAGCAGGAAACAAUCAGCUCAUGUGUCCCUCUGCUAUUUGAGACUCUUCAACAUGAUGGUCUGUUUCAACCAAUCAUGGCUGCCAUCAUCCAUGGGGGCUCCACCAAUGAGGUCAGAAAACAAUUCAAAAUGUUGAUCCUUUACUGUGACUAAUAAUGUACUGUUUACUAAUACCAUUACCAGUAUUAUUUUGAAAUAUGACAUAACUACAUAACAAAGUUUACUAAAUAAUAGAGAGGCCUUUGUCUGGGUUCCUGACACCACCGCUAGUUAUCUUUUCCACUAAGCAGCCGGUGGACACAACCAACAGUGCAGAAGUUGCAUUGAUUUACAUUGUGAAGUGUUCAAGCUCUAUUCAGUAAAAAUCAGUAUUCUGUAAAUUAUAAUGUUCUCAUAAAUCAUCUGUUUGUUGUAGAAACAUGUCAAUGUUUUCACAGCACUAUAAAACAGAUAUUACAGUGGAAAUUAUAAUGUAUCACAUAUAGCAAAAAGAUUUUUUGUUUAUUUUUUUAAAAGAUUUUUUUCAUGUGAAAGGUUACAUUAAAGGUUGUUUCAUAAAUGUGUUUCAUUGAAUUUCAUCCAAAAGCAGAGUAAUGAAGGACUUUAAAGCUGAUCAUUUAUUUUAGAUUUAGAUUUUAGAUUUCUGUGUUUCCCUGGAAACAAAAGAAGAAUAAAUAACAACAAAAAACAAAAGAAACACCAAUUCAAAAACACUGAUGAUUAUUAUAACACAUGUCCAACAUGUUACUGGAAGCAAAUGGGGGGGCUCGUCUCGGGCACCAAAUGUCUGGAGCACCUAGAAGGGACUUUCCUCUAAAUAUCCUCGCGCUGAGAAAAAAAAGGUUUUGUAUUGACGAGGCUUGCACACCGGAGUCAUGAUUCAGAGUGUCUUUUAUUCGUGGCUCUUUCCACAUAUCUCGCUAGGAUAGCUCGACAACUUUACACUACUGCCACCUACUGGUGCAGUGGUGUAACAACAUGAACUGAUACUGUAUGCACUUGUCAUAUCAAUACAGGUUUGCGUAGUGUCGGACUAGGGCAACAGUAAACCCCUGAGCUUGCCUGAGAAGGACUAAAUGCACAAAGCUGCUGUUUUUAAAUAUCCCAUGGAGAUCAACUUCUGGGCCCCAUCCUGACUGAUGGCAGCCCAUUCUUGCAUAAUUAAUGCUGAUCAGCAGAGUUUAACUUUGAUAAACAGUGUGAUAACAAAGACACACGCUGUGGUUCUCUGCUUCAUUUCCUGUUUCAUGAGUUGUCACUGAACAAAGAAAUAAAGAGUUUCAUCUGUUUGAUGAUUCACUGAGAAUAAAACUGACGACACUGUGUUUUCAUUCAGAGCUUUUCACUGUGUGUUAUUAAAACUUAUUCUGGACAGACUCUGGAAGAGAUUAGUAUCAGGCACAGACAGCAGCUGCAGCAGUGUUAACUCCUCCUCCUCCUCCUCCUCCUCUUCUCUCUAACAAACACUCUGCAGAUUGUGACUCCAUGAUAAGACUGUUGUGAAUUCCAAAUGUGAAGUCAAAUAUUUCAUCAUGGACUCAGAGUCAAACUCUGACAGUGUGUUUACUGUAACAAAGACACACGCUGCAGGUCUCCAUUUUAGUUUCUGUUUAACAAGCUCUCUCUGGCUGUGAGCCAAGUUACACUGAACCAACAGGCCGAAGACAUGUCCUCAGUCAUCUCUGUAAUGGCUGACAUGAAAUGAAACUGAAACAACACUGGAGUUUUUUCCAGGAGUUUUCCCUGCAUGUUGUUCUGCAGGUUGAAGACAAAGUGAGACACACAAACUACACACACUGAUAUUCUAAGUUCUUUUAAAUCAUGGAUCACUGAUAAACUACAAACCUUCAUGUUACUGUAGUUCACUCAGAGAUUGUCUCCUCAGAAGAGUCUUUGGAUUUUUCCUGUACCCUGUGAGCUGUGCUGAAGUUUAUUUCUUAUAACACAUGAAGUCGUGAUCAUGUUCAUUGUGUGUGAAUGUGCUGAUUAUUUCCUCCAUUAAUGGACUGAUUGUUUGGUUUGUAAAAACAGUGAAAUGAGUGAGAAAUGUUGGUCACAAUGAGCCAGAGACCAAAGUGACUCCUUCAUAAUGUGGUGCAGUCACAUGUUCCCUCUGACAUGUGGUGGAGCAGAAACACACAGAGCCAUGAGAAGAGAAAACACUCAUGUGCAGAGUAAAUGACCCACAGCGAUCUCUUCCUGUGAAUUGGGUACUUUCCACAGGAAGCUGAUUGUGUAAUAAAACUGAAGCUGCUGAUGGAAAGUCCCCAGUGUGUCUCUGUGUGCAGCAGUACAGACUCCUCCUCCUCUCUGAUACACACUCUGCAGGUCUCAGUCUGUAUCUCCAUGGUUACACUGGUUUAACUCCAGAUGUGAAGGCAAAUAUGUAACUUUAAGCUGAGAGCUGAUCAGCAGAGUUUAACUUUGAUAAACAGUGUGACAACAAAGACACACGCUGUGGUUCUCUGCUUCAUUUCCUGUUUCAUGAGUUGUCACUGACUGAACCAAGUUACACUGAAUAAAGAAAGAAAGAUUUCCUCAGUCAUCUCUGUGGAGUGACUGACAGAAAACAAAACUUGAACACUGUGUGUUGAAGAAAACCUCCCAUAAAACAGACUCAUGAAGCAGGAAGAGAUUAGGAACAACCACAGAGAGCAGCAGCAUUAACUCCAACGUUCACUUUGCCCCUCCCCCACCAUCUCAGUCUGAGUCAUACGUUAUUCACUUCCUCUUCAAUGUUGCCCAGCGUCGAUGCACCAACCAGUUUCAGUGCAGACACAGACGGACAUUAUAUCCAAGUAGAAAAAUGGCACAGCAGACCAACAUCCACCCAACUCUCGUGGUUACAUCUGUACUCCUGUUGUUCCUUCUCAGCUUCAGCAAUCUGAAAUCUGAAAAUCUGAAAUGAGGUGUCGUAGUAGCCUAGUACUAGUCUCUGAAGUUGACUGGUUAAGUGUUCAACACGUCACAGAGACAAGUCACGCCAGGAGUAGGGAGACACAUCUGUCCUCGAGUAACCCCAGAUAUGAGCUCCACCCACUCAGACAAGACCAGCCUUACAAACUGGUCUCAGUCAGUUCACUUCACACACAGGACUUACCGUGUGCCAGAGAGAAGAUGGCGCAGCAGAUCAACAUCCUCUCAGCUCUCAUGGCUCCAUUCCUGCUCCUGUUGUUCCCUCUGUGUGCAGCAGCUUCUGACCAACAUGUGACAGUGCACCCUGGAGAUGAUGUCACUCUGAGAUGUGAAGCUGAUGAUGUCCCUAUCAGAGCUGUAGAGUGGACCAGACCUGACCUGAAGCCACAGUACGUCUUCCUAUACAGAGAUGGAAACUUAGACCCAACCGAACAGCAUCCAUCCUUUACAGGCAGGGUGGAGCUGGUGGACAGAGAGCUGAAGGGCGGAGACGUGUCUUUGACUCUGAAGAAUGUGACCAGCAGAGACUCUGGAACAUACGAGUGUCGAGUUAGAUCAGAUGGAUCAAGACGCAGAAAGAGAGCCAUCAUUAAGACUGCUCCAAUCACAGUCAUCCACCUGGAGGUUAGAGGUUCAGAGAAGGAAAACUCCAUGGGUGGAAACACAGAGAGUGAACACCCCGUAAAUGGAAACUUCCCUCAUGGAUAUGUUGGACUGGCAGCAGGAGUUGUUGCAGUGCUUCUUGUAGCUGCUGCAGUGUUUGCUGUCUGGAGAUAUACAAGACGUAUGUACCAAAGAUCAGAACGGCCUGCUGCUGCUGAAGCAGGAAACAAUCAGUUCAUGUUUCCCUCUGCUGUCUGUGACUCUUCAACAUGACGGCCUGAUUCAGCCAAUCAUGUCUCUCCUCCAUGAAUCAGUGCCUCAUCAUGUGCAGUGAGUGUGAACAGAAUCUGUUUUACUGACAGAUCAGCUUUCAUUUUAUUUUUCAUACAUAAAUGAAGUAUUUUGAAUUUUGUACUUGUAUUUCUACUUUUGUUAGACAUUUCACUCCAGUAAAAGUACUGUAAAUAUAGAGACAUUUCACUGGAGUAAAUAAUUCUCCCUCCAUGAAUCACUACCUCAUCAUGGUGGAGGAGGGUUUGUGUACAUGUUGAUCAUGACAGCUGAGCGCCUCACUGCAGGUUUAAAACUGAUUUAUACCAGUGUAUAUAAAGCUUUGCAGUCAUGACAGAUAAAGCCAGAAUAUGCACUGGAUUGUGUUGAUGUGAUGAUUCGCACUUUUUUACAGGUACUGUUACUGCUGAUGUUCUUUAUCUAUUUAUCUUUGUUUUGUUUUGUUUGUCAUUCAUGUUGAUUUCUUCAUGUCUGUUUCAUAUGUUGUGUUUUUAUGGCUGCAGUAAAUAAGCUCACUCCUCCAGAAAGCACUGCCUUAUCAUAUACAGUGAAUGCAAAUAUUAUUAAACAUUAUUUAAUCUUUCAUUUUUGGUGGCUGUUUUACAUCUGCUGUUACAAUAGAGACAUUUCACUCAAAGGUACUGAUACUUAAAAGACACUUAACUCAGAUACAAAUACAGUUUCUUGUGAAAAAUAUAUUCAGAUAAAAGCAAAGCCAAAGUUAAAAUAUACUUUUAAAGCAGUAAAAACCUGGAGUAAGCAGCCGUCACAGAGAUGAAGAGACAAUACAAACUCAGCAGCUGCAGUUUAUAAAAGUACUGAAGUGCAAGUUAGAUCCCACUGAACACUUUAUGCUGUGUUAUUACUGUAAUUAUCUACAAUCUACUUGACUUUUAUAAUUCAUGUCCAAGACCAGAGUUUAUUAUUUAUUUUGUAAAUGUUAGAUUUUUAUAUUCUAAAUUUCUCAAAUAAAAUAAAAAUAAAAAUGAUGAACA